AUGCAACAUGAAAAGAAUGCCAAUUCCAACCAGCAGCAGGAGCUUGAAGCCCAAAUUAAAUCUGCCAAAACUGAGUGUGUUCAGGCAGAAGCGGCUCGUAGACAGGUUGAGACGCGACUUGUUGAGAUAGAACGUAUUGCCGAGACGACGCGCUGCAAUCUUGCUGAAGCAAAUCUUGAGGUGAAGCAUAUUAUCUUUGCAUCUCGCCCGAAUUUCAGUCAGGUUAAUUUACUAAGCGAACCGUCCUCCUUUCGAUUGCCACUCUUUACUGGGCAUUUUGAUGAUAUCCGUGAUGCUUCAGCAUCCACCAUGAAUUCGGUUCGGAGCUGGUGCCACAAGACGAACGAGCAAUUUCAGAGCUACGCCAAAACCAGCAAAGUUUUUAAUUUUUAUCCACAGGUCCCUAGCUAUAAGCGCUUAUAUUUCACGGAAAUUAUUUGGUGGUAA